UCGACCCUGCUCAGCCCAGCCCUGCGAGAGGCUGCGGGAUGGCCGAGGGGGAAAUCACCACCUUCACCGCCCUGACCGAAAAGUUCAACUUGCCCCCGGGCAACUACAAGAAGCCCAAACUGCUGUACUGCAGCAACGGGGGGCAAUUCCUGCGCAUCCUGCCGGACGGCACCGUGGAUGGCACCAGGGACCGCAGCGACCAGCACAUUCAGCUGCAGCUGAGUGCAGAAAGCGUGGGGGUGGUGCACAUCAGGAGCACGCAGUCGGGGCAGUACCUGGCCAUGGACACCAAGGGGCUGCUCUACGGCUCGCAGUUACUGGGUGAGGAGUGUCUGUUCCUGGAAAGGCUCGAGGAAAACCAUUACAACACCUACGUCUCCAAAAUGCACGCAGACAAGAACUGGUUUGUGGGGCUGAAGAAGAACGGGAACAGCAAGCUGGGCCCACGGACUCACUAUGGCCAGAAGGCAAUCCUGUUCCUGCCACUGCCCGUCUCGGCAGACUGAGAGGGGCCCCAGAGCUCAGAGACCACCCCAAAUCCCCAACUGCUGCUGCUGCCUCCCUAGAGCUCACCAG